AUGGCGACAGAUACCCUUGACCUCCAAAGCAAAGUAGCCAUCAUCACCGGCUCCGGCAAGGAAACCGGAAUCGGCGCAACUAUUGCAUCAACUCUAGCACGUAACGGGUCCCUCGUGGCAAUCAACCACAUCUCCGAGGCCAGCGCACCGCGUGCUGCGGCCGUGGCACAAGCUAUCUGUCAAGCAGGCGGAAAGGCGAUUGUUGUUCAAGCGGAUGUGUCAACUGCCGAAGGAGCGCAGUAUUUGGUCUCGCAGACUCUUGAGAAGCUUCAAGUGGACCAUAUUGAUAUUCUCGUCAACAAUGCGGCGGGCGGUGCUCCCCAUGGAGUCUUGCAAGCAACUCGCGACUCCAUCGAUGAAAUCUUCUCAACAAUCGUUUACGCUCCCAUCUUCAUCCUUCAAGCGGCAAUCCCUCAUAUGCCUCGCGGCGGCAGAAUCAUCAACAUUGGCUCCGUCGCAUCGAAGCUUGGCAUGGCCCCCAUCGCCAUCUAUGGUGCUGCCAAGGCUGCUCAAGAUGCCUUGACAUAUUCCAUGGCGAUGGAGCUGGGUCGCAGUCAUGGUGUGACUGUUAAUACGGUGGCGCCUGGGCCGGUGAGCACAGAAGCCUUGCCGAAAGAGCAAGCUGAGGCUAUUGAUCGAGCGAUGUUGCCGAUGACGAGGGCGGAAGAGCGGGUCGGUACGACUCAGGAUAUCGCGGAUGCCGUGUUGCUUCUUGUUUCGGAGAAGAGUCGUUGGGUUACUGGGCAGUUUAUCUCUGCUUCCGGUGGUGUGGUUGGAUGA